GCCGGGGAAGCAGGGGCAACACUGAAGCGCCAUGCAGCGGGCCUGCGGGGAUGGGCCCGCGGAGCUGCCGGCCUUGGAGGACCCCGGCGCAGAUGGGGAACCCGAGUCCAAGGCCAAGCAGAACGAGCGGCGGCCGGAGCCCGAGUCCGAGCCCGAGCCCUACACUGAGCCCGAGCCCGACACUGAGCCCGAGCCCGACGCUGACCUCGAGCCCGACACUGAACCCGAGCCCGAAGCAGAGCCCAAGCCGGAGUCCGACGCUGCGCCCGAGCCCGAACCCGAGCCCAAGCCCAAGCCCAAGCCCGAGCGCGAGUCCAAAAGGCCCGCGGAGGCCGUGCUCCAGACCCCUGUCUCUUCCUCAGCCCCCUUGACAGUCCACAACCCGGCUGAGCAAGGCGACGUCAGCCUCCAGGAACGCCGCCCCCGCCCCGUCGCCAGGACCAGGACCAAGACUAAAGGCAAGAAGGCCGCCGGACUGCGCGUGCCCGACGAGUCCCGGGGCCGCCGGCCUCUCACUGUCACCGUGGACAGCUCCAAGGCCAGGACCUCUUUGGACGCCCUCAAGAUCAGCCUUAGACAGCUCAAGUGGAGGGAGUUUCCCUUUGGUCGUCGCUUGCCCUGUGAUAUCUACUGGCAUGGAGUUUCCUUUCACGAUAGUGACAUACUCUCAGGUCAAGUGAACAAGUUCCCAGGCAUGACAGAAAUGGUGCGGAAAAUUACUCUGAGCCGAGCCGUGAGAAUCAUGCAAGAUCUCUUUCCUGAGGAGUACAACUUCUAUCCUCGCUCAUGGAUUUUGCCUGAUGAAUUCCAACUCUUUGUUGCUCAGGUUCGAAUGGUGAAAGAUGGUGACCCCUCCUGGAAGCCCACUUUCAUUGUAAAACCUGAUGGUGGUUGUCAAGGUGAUGGAAUCUACCUCAUUAAAGACCCCAGUGACAUUCGAAUGGCAGGAAACCUCCAGAGCAGGCCAGCUGUGGUCCAGGAAUACAUCUGUAAACCUCUCCUCAUUGACAAACUGAAAUUUGAUAUUCGUCUGUACGUCUUACUAAAGUCUUUAGAACCCUUAGAGAUUUAUAUAGCCAAAGAUGGACUCUCUAGAUUUUGUACAGAGCCAUAUCAGGAGCCUAACUUCGGAAAUUUACAUCAUGUAUUUAUGCACUUAACCAACUAUUCAUUGAAUAUCCACAGUGGAAACUUCAUUCAUUCUGACAAUGCCAAUACCGGCAGCAAAAGGACUUUUUCCAGCAUCCUAUGUAGACUCUCUUCCAAAGGAGUUGACAUCAAGAAAAUCUGGUCGGACAUUAUUUCUUUAGUGAUUAAGACAGUUAUUGCACUAACACCAGAGCUCAAAGUAUUCUAUCAAUCUGAUAUACCAGCAGGAAGGCCUGGGCCAACAUGCUUCCAGAUUUUAGGAUUCGACAUUCUUCUAAUGAAAAAUUUGAAGCCUAUGUUGCUAGAAGUAAAUGCAAACCCCAGCAUGAGGAUAGAACAUGAACAAGAGCUUUCUCCAGGGGUGUUUGAAAAUGUCCCAAGUCUUGUCGAUGAAGAAGUAAAAGUUGCAGUAAUAAGAGAUACUCUCCGCCUAAUUGACCCACUAAAGAAUAAGAAAAAAGAGAACCGAUCCAGUGGUCUUUCCACAACAACAUCAAAGACAAAGAGUCAAGGAAAGGAAAGCUGGUUCCAGGCUGAGAGGCAUCUACUGCCGGGCAUUGAAGCAGGUCAGCUGAGCUUUCCAGAUAUCUUUAUGGACAGAAAAUCCAGAUUCCCAUCCAUUUUUGGCAGAAUGUCUCCAUCGAAGAUUCAGUUUUCAAAGUUUUCCAUAGUCAGAUCUGAACAAUGUAAUAAAAUAUCAGGAAUGAGAGAAGAAUCCAGAGAGGGAACAGAUGAACCACAGCCAGCAGAGAUUUUUGAUGCAGAGGCUUAUAUGAACAAUGAAGCCAACUUACCCUCGAUCUGCCUCAAGCAAGUAUUCCCAAAGUAUGCAAAGCAGUUCAACUAUUUGCGUUUGGUGGACAGGAUGGCCAAUCUGUUUAUCCGAUUCCUUGGGAUAAAGGGGACAACAAGGUUGGGACCAACAGGGUUCCGCACCUUCAUAAGGAACUGCAAGCUCAGUAGCAGCACCUUCUCAAUGGCAUCUGUAGAUAUUCUGUAUAUUGACAUAACAAGAAGGUGGAACUCCAUGGGCCUUGAACAGAAGGAAUCAGGUAUGUGUUUGCAAGCCUUUGUGGAAGCCUUCUUCUUUCUGGCCCAGAGAAGGUUCAAGCAUUCAUCACUUCAAGAGCAAGUUGCUUCAUUGGUCGACCUGUGUGAAUACCACCUGACCCUGCUGGAUGAGAAACGCCUACUCUACAGCAAAGGCAGCUCCUCUGGCCGGCCUCCUGCCAGCAGUUCUUCCCAAGAAAGGCUCCCUCUCACCCAGCCACCAAAUGGGUCUUUCCUUCCCCGAAAUAACACUGCCAAUAAAUUUGCCCACUACAGACAUCCUCAGUCUUGAGGGGAUGGAGCUUUGGUAUGGAAGAAGAAACUCAUAGAGAAUGUCAGGGCUGACAAGGGCUCCCCACCCCAUGAGCAUGUGGCUGCUGGUGAAAUGUGGAAUGCUAAGUUUUUCUAUUGCUAAAUGUUCUCACCUAUUUAUUUCCCAUUUCCCUGAAUUCCACGCUUCUAAAAGUGAAUGCCCUGCAUACAACUGUCUGUGACCCCAGCCCUUCUUUUUCAGUUCAUCAGUGGAUGGACUGUGUACCUUCCAUGACAAAGGCCAUCCUUCUUACUUUAUGGAAUACCACAUAUGAAGACAGUGGGAAUGAAUUCAUAUUGUCAAGACCACUGACUCCUGGGGAUGAUAGCCAUGGAGGAGACAGCCCAAGGAAAAGAAAUCUCAGGGUUUCUGUGGCCUCUUCAAGAACCAAGAGCCAUUCUGUGUCACCCUCCAGUCAUUGGGUAGAAAAUGAUUUGGGAGAAUCAAGUAGGAGUAUGCAAAUCUGCAGUCCCUAAUAUAUGUGCAUGUGUCUCAAUGAGUUAACCUAGUGUUUUGGAUUAGUUGGGCCCCAUUUCUGCAAAGCAAGUCAAAUUUCUAUUUUUACAUUUCAGAACCAUAGGUUUUGGGUGGUGCUGCUCAGUGGGCAUACUCUGGGAAGUUUGGGUUUUGGCCCCUAGAUUCCCAAAACACUGAAAUCACACUUGCUGUGAAGCUUUGUAGAUGGUAGGUAUGAUGAAGACUUGUUUGAGGGGCAAGCUGCUUUACCUCUAAAGUUUGGGACAAGAGAAAGAAAGGAGGGAAUACCUUCUGCUUACUCCUCAGGAAACUACUGCUUCUUGUUUUUAAAAAGAAGCUGAUUUUGCAGCAUGGAAUCUUAGAAUUGAAAGAGAUCUCAGAAUAGAAAAUGCUAGAAUAUAGGGCAUAGAAUAUUAGAGAUGAAAAGAACCUUAAAAUACCAAAUGAAAGAAAAAAGAAUGUUAGAAACAGAAGGGAUCCUAGAACCUCAAAUUCUAGACUACAAAAGGUCAGUGCUAAGAGAGACCUUAGAAGCUAUGUGGUCUAAUCCCCUGAUUUUACAACUCAGAAAAUGAAGGCCCAGAGGUAGGGAGUGGCAGAACCAGCAAUAGAACUCAGAUCUCUGCGCUCCCAGACCAGUGUGUAUCUUAGAACAACAUACUACCCCUACAUCUACAGGUAGCUAUUGCCUUUGUAUUCAGGGAUGGCUGUGCUGCAAAUCUGAGCAGUUCAACAUUCUAGUGCCCAUCUUUUCUGUAAUAAUUUGGCCAGGUGACCCUGUUGUAAUUAAUAUUCCUAUAGAGUGUGGGGAGAAGAAACAGGAUUUAAAGAAACCUUUACUGCAUGUAGCAAAUGAGUUUCAUAGUGCAAGACUUGCUCAAAGCAUCUAAGCAUAGCUUGCUUUCUUCUUUGGACCAGAAUCGAGUCUGUACACAGAACUAGAGCUUCUUAUCCUUUCUGAAAUGUUGUUGUCAAAAAGCACAACAAUGCCAACACCUAGCGGUUUUCAGCUCUAAAAUAUUACUCAUUUAUUUAAUAAGUUUAUCAAGCACUGCGUAGUAUUUGAGAAUCAUAGAAUUUUAAAAGCAGAAGGGCACUUAGAACCCAGUAUGUAGAAUGUUAGGAGAUAGAGUGUUAGAUAUUCAAACCAGAGGGGGACUUGGAGAUCAUCUGAUCCAGGGCAUUCACUUUGGAAGAAAUUGAGACCCCCAAGAAGGGGCCUGAGUUGACAAAGGUCACCUGAUGGCAGGGCUGGGAUCCAAGUCUUCAGCUUUCUACACUAUGGGCAAAGCCCUGUCCCAGGCCUCGCAGGCCAUACAAAGGUUGACAAGACUCUGGCCCUUUUGCCAAGGAAUUUAUAAUCUAGUGAUCAGGCAGUCAGUCAAUCAACACGAAGUUUUUAAGCAACUACUAUGUGACAGGCACCGUGCUAGUAGGGGAGUUAAGACAUAUACCUAGAUAACUAGAAUACAAAGUAGAAUGUGCUGAGUGUAUAGGAGCAGAGAGGUAGAGCUUACUCUAGGCUUAGGGAGACCACAGUUUGAGGGCAUCUGUAUGGUUUUAUGGAGAACAAGGCACAUGAGUUAGUGCUGGGAAGGCAGAAGGGAUUUCUCCAGGCAGAUGAGGCAGGAGGGCAGCAUUCUGGGUGUGCCGGGCAGUGUGAAUACCUGGGCCGAGCUCAGAAUGAGGUAUCUUCAGGGGACAUUUUCAGUCAUCCCACUUUGGCUAGAACAUAGACUGUACAAGGGGGAAACUGAAGAUUAUCUAGAAAAAUUGGAGGGAUAUUAGAGUGUUGCAAUUUUAUCUCCCAUUUGUCAGUAGAGUUCGGGGGGUGGGGGGGGAAGAAGCUUCACAUUGCCUAAUUUGGGGGUGAUAUUGUAAAUAUCAGGUUUCACAGCCAGGAAUAUUAUUUUAGACCACUGCAGCUCAUCCCCAGACAAUUUGCUUUGUAUAUCGCAUUCUGUUUGGGGGUUUUUUGUUCCCAAGGUGAAUUUUCCCCCUAAAAAUGCUGCUCAUUUUGCAGGUGUGACUGUGAGGAAGCCUGGCUCUCCUCUGAAGGACACUAUGUCUUCCUGGUGAUUAUUAAGGAAAUUAUGCACCUACCUUACAAAACUCACCUUAUUUCCAGUGCCUGACAAUGAUGGCUUAGAGUCCCAUUAGCUUGUUCCACCCUAACAUCAAGGAUUUGGAGGCUGUUCUGUUAUCACACUGUAAUAGGGGCCUGAGCCUGUCUUUUCUGUUCCUCACAUUAAACACCUCUGAAGCUGUCAUGUGAUCAAAAAUCAGUCUGUUAACAAGCCCACUUCUUUCAGAAAGGGGGAAUUGUAGUGGAGGCCAAAGACACCCCAGAGGCAGACAGACUCUAGAAAGUACGCUUUGCCAGCUUGCCGUUAGCAGGUAUGGAGAGAGGAGUUUGAGAAGUGUAGGGCAAGGGAACAGAGGACCACAAUGGGCCCGUGGAAGUAUGAGAUUUGGGGUUGGAAAGGGGUUUAGAUAUCACCUGCUCAAAUGCCUUCGUUUACUGCUAACAAACCUGAAUGAGUCCCAGAGGGGCGAGACGUCUUAUCCAAGGUGUCACAGACAAACAACAGAACCCCGUUUUACUGCUGGGUCAUCCAGUUGUGGCUUAAAUACAUUCCCCUAGUGAUGGGGCACUCAUUACCCCCCAAAGCAGUUUCAUUACAUUGUGGGAUUUCUCAGAUGGUUAGUAAGUCCGUCCUUAUAUCCAUAUAUUGUGGGUUUAUACUGCUGAGUAGUCCGGUGUAACAAGGAUUCCUGAAGGUGUAGCUCCUUAAGGCUAAGGAGUAAGUCUCUGAUGGUAGCAUUUCAUUUUCAGCUAUGGGCUUAGAGCCCCUUUAGCUUGUUCAAGGAUUUGGAGGUUGUUGUGUUGUCACACUGUAAUAGGGGAAUGAGGAUGGUAUUUUAGGCAGUAGAGCUUUCCUGGCCCCCUCAACUCAUAUCAUGUAGGGAACUUCCCACCUCAUCUCCAAAAAAGGAUGUCCCUGAGUGUGGGCAAGCGCUUGAACCACUCUGGGGCUUUAGAGGCCCGGGCUUCAAUUAGAAGUCAUCCUUCUAUUCCCACCCCCUCCACUCCCUCCCAGCUCCACAUGAAAGAGCAAAACCAACACUAAGCAGAUGGUUAUCUGAGUUAUAUAGCCGCUGUCUGAGGCUUGGGAAGGAGGCAGGUGGUAUCUAAGGCUUGUGGAGGGUUCCUUGUUGUGCUAACAUUUUCAUAAAGGAAGCAGACAGUUUGCAUUAUCAGUCUGUUUCCCGAGACCUCUUUUUUGUGUUGAUUUAGUGGACAGGAGAAGGAAGGAGAGGACAUGGCUAGGAUUGUCCGACUUUUAUUGGUCCCCUGUUACUGGCUGCCUGAACUGUCAGUUAGCAUGCGAUCAAUCAGUGAUGAUAUGAUAGCCAAUUAAAACUGUGGUUAAUGGGCUGGAUGGCAAUAGACAGGUCAACUACACAGGGACAUUAGUGGAAGGAAGACUAGUGUAGAGAAAUGGCCUAGGGCAGAGCUUCUUAAACUUUUCCCACUCCAACCCUUUUUGCCUGAGAAAUUUUUACUCCACCCCGGGUAUAUAGGUAUACAUAAACGUUUACUGUUGCCUAAUUUUUCUUUUUCUUUCUUUC